AUGUGCAUGAAAACUUCAGGCACGGGCACAACGCCUUCUUUGCCUGAGGCAGACGAUAAGGGCUGUUUGCCUGAUCUGCGCGACAAGCUCACCUUGCGGAUGGAGAAUCCAGAGUGCCAGUCAUCGAACAAAAGGUCAAGCUUCGGCAACACCCCUCCAGGCAGUCAUCUGGUUCCGCGCGAUAACUAUUUUUCAUUUGUCCUCGCCACUCCCUGUCCAGUCCCGUUCUUCUCUUCUCAUUUGUCCUCGCCAUUUCCCUCAGCGAGCGUGGCUCCCGGGUCCUUCCGCUGCUGCCGCCCGCCGCCGUGCCGAUUUCCUCUGCUCCGAGCGUUCCUCCCUGCCUCCGUCCCCCAUCCAGGCGACAAGCUCCCGUUGAACUCGCUCCCUUACAGGGAGAUCAAGAAUGGCGUGCUCUGGGGUUUUAGGGGCAAGUGCUGGUUCAGAAUGCUACAGAAUGGUGUCUUAGAUGGGAUGCUGAAGAAUGGUCAUGAGCCCACUCCUGAAAAUGUAAGAAAAUAUUACAUGUAACUUUCUAAUUGUCACAUGUAACCUUUUUGUUUUCGUAUUGUAACUUAGUUUCAGGGAAAAAUCUUGCCUAUAACUUUAUCUUUAGAAUUUUUUUUUUUGGGAAUGGGCAUGAGCCCACUCUUGGAAAUGUAAGAAAAUCUUACAUGUACUUUGUAACUUUCUAACGGUUAGAUGUAACUUUUUUUUUGGACUGUAACUUUAGUUUCAGGGAAAAAUCUUGCAUA